AUGUCUGAAGUUCAAUUCAGGCCAUCCGGCUCUCGUGGUCGGGGGUCUGCUCGUGGCGGCAGAGGUGGGUACAGCUCGAGAGGUGGACGAUCCAACAAACCAGCCAAAGCAGACUCGGAAAAUAUGUCUGAGCCAUCGUAUGAAGAUGAAGGAGAAAUAGGCCAACUUAAGAAAAAGCAUGCCGGUAACCUUUCGACCAUAAAAGAACUUUUCGCAGACUGGACCGAUGAGGACCUUGUUUUUGCACUAGAGGAUGCCGAUGGGGAUCUUGAAAUUGCGAUUGAGCGCAUCACUGAGGGCAAUGUUUCGCAGUGGGGUGAGGUCAAAAAGAAGCACACUGAUCGAUCCCGUGUCAAGGCGAAAGAGCCCCUCUCGCAGGCAGAAUCUACCUCAGCACCACCAAAUCGUGGAGGCCGUGGCCGUGGAGGUUUUGAAACUCGCGGACGCGCUCGGGGUGAUCGUGGUCGUGGGGGACGUGGUGGUAGAGCGGGUGGACACGUAAAUGGGACUCGUACUGAAAAACCUGGGGUACAUGCUAUAGAAGAGUCCGAAGCUGCUGCUGCUGUGCCAGCUGACACAUGGGAAAAGUCGGAAGAACCUGCAGUUGCAGACGUUGCGGCUUCUACGGAACCAGGUACUACCGCUGUCGCAAACGAGCUCCAAGAACAGGCUACGCAAAAGAGCAGCCUUAUCCCAGAAGGUUCGAAGAAAGGCUGGGCAAGUUUGUUUACUCAACCAGCUCCGCCUCCACCUCAGAAAAAAGCUCCUCCUCCUGCUACAGCGACCGCACCUAAGCCUACCGAACCACCCCUCCAGAAACCGUCUGAACAACCUUCAGAAGAGCCAGAAGUCGUCCGUCAAGCAACAGUCCCUCGCGCUGUGGAACCAUUAACCUCCACCCCCUUACAGACAACGCAUGCCCCAGUGAUUCCAAAAGAUGAGUUGACUCAAACAAACCUUGAGCGGGUUCCUGAUGUAUCGCAUCCACAGACAAGCACGACAGCAGCGAGCACAGUGGCAACAAGCACCCCAGAGCAACCCAGCGGUACCGGCGUCAACGCAUCGCAAACCCGACACAUCUCAGGCUAUACUGCCACUGCGUACAAAGCUACCACUGGAUCUGGACGUGCGGCUAACUUACAGCGCCGUGUUAUGGAACAGCAGGAGGCCGUUGUGAUGCCUGGAAACCAUGCCGUCGAUCGUGCUGCGGUCCAAUUCGGAAGCAUGGGAUUGAACGGACCAGUUGAUCUUGACAUUGACGAGGAGAGAGAAAAACCUGAAACUCGUGCUCAACCUCCUCAACACUCACCAGUUGCGCCCCGCGCAUCCCUCCCUCCCUCCACCCAAGCUCAAACGCAAGCUCAGCCUCCAGACACCGUCGCUCUUCCUCGACCCGCACCUGGCCUUCCCCCUGCCCCUUCCGCCAGUUCUACAGAUGCUCCAUUUAACGACUUCGGGCGGUAUACCGAAGCACAGAAGCCGUAUGAUCCUUUCAGCCAACAAGCUGACCAGUCGCAGCCACAAACACAGGAACCAUUUUCCAACCAAGCUCCUAUCCCAUCCCAAGCCACGGCUACCACCGCCGCAGAUUAUUCGGCAAUUUAUGGAGGCGACCAGGCACGAAACCCCUACUAUUAUGGCUCAUAUGGCCAGUCCCAGGAUGGCGUUUCGACACAACAGAGGGCCGGGAGUGGAUUUAAUGUCAGCGGUGCAGAUGUGCAACCUCAGGUCGCUUCGACGCAGCCACCAAGCCGUUUCACCCAUGUUGAAGCUCCAAGCAGUGGUCAAAAUACACCUAACCCCACACUGCCUGGUCAAACUACACAACCGGCUCAACAUGUCCCUCAGGCGCAGGGUGCGCAUGGUGCCUACAACUAUGCUUAUCCCUAUUACUCCAACCCCCAUUAUGCAAAUACAUACAUGAGCCAAAUGAACCAGCAUCAAUAUGGAAGAAACCGCCCGAUGUACGAUGACGCAAGGAGAUACGAAGAACACUACCUUCACAACAACCAAUUUGGUUAUGGCAACCAGUAUGCUGCUCCCUACGGCGCCAAAGGCGGCAUGUACGCGCAGCCUCAGCAUGGAUUCUCUUAUGAUCAUGCUUCUUCUCCGGCUACUGCUGCUUCAUUCAACCAAAAUGUUCCUGGACGCGAAGCAGGAUAUGGCCGUACAGGCUCUGCUCAGCCGUCGGAUGCCCAAACCUCAGGCCAUACUGCCUUCAGCGGAAUCCCGGACGUAUUCGGCCGGACACAAUCCGGAUUUGUCCAAAGCCAACCUAUUGCGCAACAGCAGCCAGUGAGCGCAGAGGAAACGGCAAAGGGAUUCGAAGCGCCCAAGGCAGGCGGGCCAAGCCCAUCCUUAGCUCAAGCAAACCGUCCAGGAUCCGCAACUAACAGUGGUCCUGGCCAACCCCAGGCUGGGCAGACGAGCUUGCCCCCUACACAGGGUCAACCAACAAGCCAGCAGGGAUUCGGGGCGUAUCCUCAGCUUAACCCACAAUACAGUGGAUUAGGAAGCCUUGGAGCGCAUCACCAGGGAGCCAAUGCAUCCCAUCACCAAGCCAGUGGAUAUGGCAAUUACGGGGCAGGGUUUAGUGGCAAUUAUUACGGAAAUAGCGGUCGUGGAGGAGGAUGGGGCGGCAACUACGGUCAUUAA